CAUGUGAUCUGAUGCUGACAAAGUCACUACACUCUGGCGAAACAUCUGAAAGAGCUUAAUGAUUUGUGUGGGGAAAGAUUAAGGCAUAUUUUGUGAAGAAAAGUUUGCAGCCAACAUGCAGAAUGUAAUCAAUUCCGUGAAAGGAACAGCACUUGGAGUGGCUGAGUUUCUAACACCCGUGCUGAAGGAAUCGAAAUUUAAAGAAACGGGCGUCAUUACUCCGGAGGAGUUCGUGGCUGCAGGUGAUCACUUGGUCCACCACUGCCCUACAUGGAAAUGGGCGUCAGGAGAGGAAGCAAAAGUGAAGCCCUACUUGCCACAGGACAAGCAGUUCUUAUUAACUCGUAAUGUGCCAUGCUACAAGCGCUGCAAGCAGAUGGAGUACUCUGACGAGCUGGAGGCUAUUAUAGAGGAGGACGACGGCGAUGGAGGAUGGGUGGACACCUACCACAACUCCGGGGUGACUGGAGUAACGGAAGCUGUUCAAGAAAUCUCGCUUGAUAAUAAAGACAGCAUGAACAUGAAUGUGAAGAUGGGUGCUGGUGGAAAUGAUGGCGAUGAAGACGAUGAGGAAGAGGAAGGUGAAGCCGCAGACAUGGAAGAGUAUGAAGAGAGCGGGCUAUUAGAAAACGAUGAGGCUACUCUUGACACUAGGAAAUUGGUAGAAGCCACCAAAUCAAAAAUGGAGGCAAGCGGCGACGAUGCCAUUUUGCAAACUCGGACGUAUGACCUCUACAUCACAUACGACAAAUACUACCAAACGCCCAGACUGUGGCUAUUUGGAUAUGACGAGGACCGGCAGCCACUCACAGUGGACCAGAUGUAUGAGGACAUCAGCCAGGACCAUGUGAAGAAGACGGUCACCAUCGAGAACCACCCUCAUCUCCCACCUCCGGCCAUGUGCUCCGUGCACCCCUGCAGACAUGCGGAAGUGAUGAAAAAAAUCAUUGAAACGGUUGCAGAAGGAGGAGGAGAGCUGGGAGUUCACAUGUAUCUUUUGAUCUUCCUGAAAUUCGUCCAAGCUGUCAUUCCCACCAUAGAGUAUGACUACACAAGACACUUCACCAUGUAAACCCAAGUUGUACUUCGCAUACUCUCAAUUCUUUGGUUGUGUUCUUCUGGCGAGCUCUAACCAUAGCAACAGACGGAACUGGAACGAACAGCAGAAUGUGAGACGUUCCAAAACAGAAUGGAAGCUGUUCCACUGCAUCUUUGCAUGUGCAGUGUGAAUCUCAAGUGCUGAGUGAUGACGCGUUGCUCAUCUACUAAAACAUCUGUACCAACAGUAAAUGCACUCUGUGGUGGCCCAUCCUGCGGUGUACUCAUCUGUAAUAUCUGUAUGUAAAAGCUAUGUUCGCAAAUGCCUUGCUCUGCUCUAAACAAAUGUAGACACUAAAAUGGUCAUGUAUCUGUCAAAACGCCAUUCUGAUAUUUUUAAAAAAUAAAUUGAAUAAAUCUUCAAAAAUCUAUAUGUAAUGUACCUGAAAGCUGUCGUUUGUUUUUGUUCAUCAUGAGGCUGUCCUCGUGUGCCCCCUUAUAGUUGCCUAUUUUUACCAACCGACCCCCAAAGACUAGUUGGCACACUUACCCAGUGUGUGCAUACAUAUAUGACCUGUUUUGGAUACCUUCCUGCAAAGAGAUCCUUGUUGCAGAUUCCAGCAACAACCACAUUUUUUUUUAUUACUAUUAUUAUUAUUUCUUUUGCAUUUUCAUGUUUCCCCCAUUUCUUUCAUCUGCAGUGUCCGCUUGUUUGUUAUGUUAAACCUUUUAGAUCACGUGGAAUUGAGUCCCUGUUUGUCUCUCAUCAAAGCUCAUUUUGAAAUAAUGUUUGUUUAUAAAUAAAACAAGAUAAAUAUGCAA